AUGCCAAAGGACGCGGAAGCCGAGCGUCUCAAAAAGAUGAAGAAAAUGUCUCGCGUUCUUGGGAUCAACAUCCAUCAGGUGGCUGCGAUGCUCGAGAAGCAAGAGAGGGCCGCCAACGGCGAAAUAGACGAGGAGGAGGAGACCCCGCCGGCCGCCGCCGCCGCCGCCGCCGCCCCCGCCGCUGCCGCUUCUGCAAGUCCCGAGAACGACGACCCUUUCUCGAAGUUCAUGCGCGAGCAGAACGGCGGCGCGGAAGGGGAAGGGGCGGCGGCGGCGGGAUCCGGUGCCGCUUCGUCGGCGGUUACAGCUAAACCUUCGGCGAAAAAGAAGGAGGAGGAGAUGCCUCCUUGUACCGUGCUCUUCAUCGGUGGCACCGAUUGGACCGCGCUCGGUCGUCGUCCGACGGAGGGGGACAUCCUUUGCCCCAAGCGACUGCUGUCGUUCCCCAAGAAGAUCAAGUCCGUUGCCUCCGGCCCGACCGCGUGUCAUAGCGUGUGCAUCGACGUACAGGGAGGGGUGUACACGUGGGGCCGAAAUGAAUUCGGGGGCCUGGGGCACGGGGACACCGCUCCGCGAGCCCACCCGACCCUCGUGGCGGCGUUGAGCGGCACGAGGAUGAAGCAGGCCAGCUGCGGGAAGACGCACACAGGCAUCUUGGCGGAAAAUGGGACGCUGUACAUGAUGGGAGGAGGCAAGCUCGGACAGCUGGGGCUUGGCCGAGCGGUGGAGUCCUGCACGGAGCCGAAGGCGGUGGAAGUGCCAGGCGGGACUGUUGAGAAGGUGGCGUGCGGCGCGGAGUUCACGGCGAUAAUCGACAACCGAGGGCGGCUGUUGACGUUCGGGUCUCCCCAGGACGGGCAGCUGGGGGGCGGGACGACGGGGGAAUUCAUAGAGAAGGCCGGGAAGAUAUCGUACGACCUGGUGCUCGCUCCGGCGGUGGUCCCCACGUUCUUUUCCAAGGAUGCUCGCACAAAAGCCAUAGAGGAGUUCCGCGGGGUGGAGCUGGCGGACAUCGCCUGCGGGAAGAGCCACGGGGUUGCCGUGGAGAAGGGGCCGCGGGCACGGGUCUUCACGUGGGGCUUUGGCGGGUACGGGAGACUCGGGCACGCCUGCCAGGACCAAGAGCUUCGGCCCCGCAUGGUGGACGUGCUCGCCCGCAUGACCCACCUCAAGGUCACCAAGGUGGCCGCCGGCGCCGGGUGCUCGCUGGCGAUCACCGAGAACGGCCACCUGUUCUACUGGGGGAAGCUGCCCAAUGCACCCCGGGGAGAGGCGACCAUGUACCCCAAGAUCGUAGAAGACCUGUCCAACUGGCAGACGCGGUCGGUGGCCGGCAGCAACGGGGCUCUCCUGGUAGCGGCGGAGACUAGCACGAUCUCUUGGGGGACGAGCGUGGCGGGAGAGCUCGGGUACGGGGAGGAGAUCGGCACGCCUCGCACGUCGACGAAACCAAAGCUGGUGAACGCUCUGGAGGGGCUUACGGUGAUGCAGGUCGCCAUGGGUCUCGGCCACAGCCUUCUUCUAGCAGAAGAGAACGAGAAGUCGCAGGCCAUCUUGAAGGGGCUAGGGGAAUGCGUCCCCUUCGAGGGCGAGGGUGGCGGCGGCGGUGCGGAGGAGGAGGAGGAGGAAGAGGGACCACCGGCCAAGAAGAGGAGGGGGAGGCCUGCCGGGAGCAGUAAAAAGGGCGGCAAGGGGAGCUCCAAGAAGGGGGGGGCGGGUGCCAAGGGCAAGGGGAAGGCGAAGCGGUGA